CAAGUGAUUUAAGUAACUUUUCAUUGCUUAAAAAUCCAAUGCCAUUGGCCUUUAUGUCUUCACACACCAUUUCCGAUUUCUCUCCUAGCUAGCUCACUUCACUCCCUCUCGGCCUAGCAUCAACUACAAGAGUUUUGCAAAGGGAAUUAAGACAAUGGAAAUACCAUUUUUCCCUACCCUUUUCACAACUGUUAGAAGCUUGGUUGUCAGACAACCCUUUUUCCCAACCUUGGAAGAUUUGCUGGUGAAUCAUCCCAAAAUCCUGGGGUUUUCAUGGAACAAUGGCCAAACUCCAGCCUCCUCCCAACGUUUUCUCGCCCUUACUGUUUUCUGUUACAUUUCCUUCACAUUCAUUCUUUCCCAGGUAUCUCGUCCUUCCCUUGCACGUCCAGUCCUCAAAUCAAUCUCAGCCCUUCACAACCUCUUCCUCGUCACACUUUCUUUCAUCAUGGCCCUUGGUUGCCUCGUCUCAAUCUUUUCCCAAGUGCCUAACUUCAAGACCCUCGUUUGUUUCCCUAAGCGCACGUCACCAUCUGGACCUCUCUUUUUCUGGGGCUACAUAUUUUACCUCUCCAAGAUCGUUGAAUUCAUGGAUACCCUUUUGAUCAUCCUCGGUAACUCCAUGAAAAGGUUGUCGUUUCUUCACGUCUACCAUCACUCGAUGGUGGUCAUCAUGUCUUACGUGUGCGUCAACAGCGCCCAAUCUUCUUUCUCGAUGGUGCUGGUCACCAACUGCACCGUCCAUGUUGUGAUGUACGCUUAUUACUUGAUGUGCACCCUUGGGGUUCGCCCAAGGUGGAAGAAAAUGGUCACAGAUUUCCAGCUGGUGCAGUUCUGGUCUAGCUUUUUGAUAAUGGCGAUGCUUGCCUUCUACCAUUUCACUGGUCCAGGCUGCUCAGGGAUUUUGAGUUGGUGCUUCAAUGCAGCCUUCAUCGUUUCUCUUUUGUUCUUAUUCUCAGAUUUUCAUGCUAAAAAUUACUCCCCCAAGGUCAAGAAUGCCUAAAUUUAAGGUUUCCAAUGCUUAUUUCUUUUUCAUUUUAUACUUAGAAAAAAAAUUUUGAGUUAGGGAAGGAAAAAAAAACAAAUAUGCACAUUUCCAGAAGUGCAUUAUCAUAAAUGAUUUACUUUUUACAUUUUCAAUUGAUUGUUCACCAGUGUAUCCCAUCUUAGUUUCCAUUCAAGACUAGAGUGCUUUGAUUAUUAAUUAUUAUUGAUUAA